UCCAAGAUGGCGCCGGCGGAAGGGGCAGCGUACAGCCGAGGGGUGAUGGCAGCGUCGAGGCUGGAGCUGAACCUGGUGCGGUUGCUGUGCCGCUGCGAGGCGAUGGCAGCGGAGAAGCGGGACCCGGACGAGUGGCGUCUGGAGAAGUACGUGGGAGCCCUCGAGGACAUGCUGCAGGCCCUAAAAGCCCAGGCAAGCAAACCAGCCUCCGAGGUGAUCAAUGAAUAUUCCCGCAAGGUCGAUUUCCUGAAGGGGAUGCUGCAGGCAGAGAAGCUGACCUCCGCCUCAGAGAAGGCCCUAGCCAACCAGUUUCUGGCCCCUGGCCGUGUACCAACCACAGCCAGGGAGCGGGUGCCUGCCACCAAGACGGUGCAUCUGCAGUCGCGGGCUCGGUACACCAGCGAAAUGAGGAGUGAGCUGCUAGGCAUGGACUCUGCUGGAGAGCCCCAGCUGGAUGUGAGGAAGAGAACUGGGGUGACAGGGCCCAGACCAGGGGAUGAGAAACAGUCGGCAGCCGAGCUGGACCUCGUCCUGCAGCGACAUCAGAACCUCCAGGAGAAGCUCGCGGAGGAGAUGCUAGGCCUGGCCCGGAGCCUCAAGACCAACACACUGGCCGCCCAGAGCGUCAUUAAGAAGGACAACCAGACCCUGUCACACUCCCUCAAGAUGGCUGACCAGAACCUGGAGAAGCUGAAGACAGAAUCCGAGCGGCUGGAGCAGCACACACAGAAGUCGGUCAACUGGCUGCUCUGGGCCAUGCUUAUCAUCGUCUGCUUCAUCUUCAUCAGUAUGAUCCUCUUCAUCCGCAUCAUGCCCAAACUCAAAUAAAGACCUGUCUUGGCCCACCCUGUCUGCCCUCUGUCUGCCCUCCACCCGUGUCCAGGGCUGCCCUUUGGGCUGGGCAACAAUAUGGGAGGGUCUUUGGAGGUUCCUGAGAGCCACAGAAAGCGCAUGAGCAGGAGAGGAAGGUUAGUCUGGGAGGGGUGGUGACCCAGUGAACUCCCCCUUCGGUUCCCCCCUGGUACCCACCCCACACCGGAAAAGGCCAGGCCACAAGAAGCCGCAGGAGCCCCCAGGCUGGAAGAGGCAGAUCCAAAC